AUGGAUAAAAAAAUAAAGACGAAAUUUGAAGAUGAGAAAACACAAAAAGAAGAAGAAGAAGACGAGGCACUCUCACUGUGUGAUUUACCUCUGAACUCCGGCGAACCGCCGGCCGACAGAAUAGACUCCACCAAUUUCAAGACCCAAGAUUACAAACGGCGAUCUUCCUCCGAGCCAUCGGAAUUCUUCGAGUUCUUCCACGGUUUCGUCUCCGACGAGAUCUCCGAUGCAGAUGACAUCAUUUUCCGAGGCAAAAUCCUACCCUACUACUGCAAAAGCAAAAACCGACAACCUCGUACCCACAAUAACCACCACGGCGGCGGCCAUAUCCACCGCCACCAAAUCCUGAUCAAAUCCCUGUCUGCAGACGACGCUAAUUACACAAACGACGACGAUCGUUUACCAAGAAGAUACUUCGAGCUGACGACGACGCCAAACACCCACCGCCGCCGUGAAGCGACGUCGGAUACCCACCGGAGUUCUUCGAAAAUUAGUUCGGCGGCGAAAUCGGAGGGGUGGAAGGUAAUUUCGAAGAGUAAGUGGAUUGGUUUGAUGAUGUUUGGUCCGGUGAAAAUUCAGCAGGAAAUGGAUCUCCGGGAUAUGAAAAACCGGCAGAUUCGCCGGCCGAAUACAGGGAGCAUGUUCGCCGGAGGUAAAGUUCCGGCGAGAGGAAACGAACGCCGGAGAAAUUCUUGGGGGCAUGAUCUGAUAAGGUUUGAUUAUGAUGAUGUUGUCUAUACAUGA